AUGGAGGAACAUGAAGAUGUUCAAUAUUGUUUUCAAGACAGAAACUCUUCUUGCAGAAAGGCUUUGCUAUCGUCAUCUAUCUAUAUAACACUGUACAUCUUCUUCUCAUUGAUUUCAGCAGUUACAGUAUUUUUGAACGUACUGGUGAUCAUCUCCAUCUCUCACUUCAAGCAGCUCCACACUCCAACCAACCUGCUCAUCCUCUCUCUGGCUGUGGCAGAUCUCCUGGUGGGACUGAUUGUGAUACCAGUAACGACUGUAGCAUUAAUGGAAUCAUGCUGGGGUUUUGGGGAAUAUUUCUGUGUGUUUUAUUUCUACAUCACUUGUUUAUGUGCUUCUUUAUCUCUGGGCAAUUUGGUCUUGAUAUCUAUUGACCGCUAUGUUGCUGUGUGUGAUCCCUUAUUGUACCACUCUAAAAUAACAAUAACAAGAAUGAUGUGUUGUAUAUCCAUUACCUGGUGUUUUUAUAUCAUAUAUGAUGCUGCUAUUAUAAACAUAUUUGUAAAUGUACAGGUACCCAGUCAGUGUUUGAAAGAAUGUUUUAUUGUUGAAGGGUAUAUGUGGGGUAAUAUAAUUGACCUUGUAAUUACAAUGGUUGUCCCGUGCUCUAUUAUUAUAACACUUUAUUUGAAAAUCUUUGUGGUGGCCAGAUCACAGGCCAGAAAGGUAUUUUCAAAAGAGGCUGCCAGUGUGUCUGGUGGUAAAACUGUACAGGCAAAUAAGUCUGAGAGAAAAGCAACAAAAACUCUGUCUAUUGUUGUUAUCAACUAUCUCAUUUGUUGGAUUCCAAUUCAAUUUUAUUUAUUUUUUCUUUUCAUUGACAAUGUAUCAUUAUUCAUAAUCAGUUUUCUUCCACUUGUUAAUUCCUUAAUUAAUCCAAUAAUUUAUGCUUUCUUUUAUCCAUGGUUCAAAGUGACAGCUAAAAUUAUUUUAACUCGGGUGAAGUUAAGUCCUUCUAGUUUUGACCCUUGCCUGUCCCGACACCGAAUCCGCCUGCCUGACCAUUCUUUCUGCCCUGACGUCGAGCCUGCCUACGCUCUGUACUGUUUGGACUCUGACCUCGUUUAUGAACUCUCACCUCUACCCAACCUGCCGUUUGCCAACCCCCCGUUUGCCGCCUGUGUCUGCAUAUGGGUCUCGAGUUGUUUCCUUAUACAAGCUGUGAGGGCCUCAGACAUGGCCUCUUCCAUGCUGGCUCUCCAUGGCCUUCCAGGUUUUUGGGGCAGAAGCUCGGGUGUCCGAAGUCCAACUGUCUGCUACCCUGGAACCUUCAGCCACAAACACUCCACCUGGUCUCCCUCAGGAACCCAGCACAGCUCCUGGCCCAGAGCCCUCACUGAAUUGGUUGCCCGCUCCUUGGAUGGAGCCACAGCCAGCAGCUACUGCAGAGUUCAAGUACAAACCCCACCUGCUAGCUCCGUAAUAGUUCCGGCACAAGGGUCCUGCUACCUCCAGACCUCGCCUCAGGGGACCUGCCAGACAUCACCCCGGGAGACCCACCAGAAGUCACCCCUGAUGUCUCCCCUGAUGUAG